AGUCCAAAUUUAGGCAGGGCCAUUUCAUAGCAAGCUUUGCAGAGUCGAUAAGGUGCUUUCUCCUCCUCCACUACCUCUCGUCUUGCCUCGCCAGAUGGCGACCAUGUCUCUUUUCUUUUUACUCCUAUGUAUACCGUCACUUUCCAACGCUCAUUCUCCUGACUUCCGACGCAUGCCACCAAACCCAUUCUUGAGACGAUCGAAUGUACCGCCAGAAGGAUACUACAACCCCUUGGACAAGGGUGGGAGCAUGCUAACGCAAGUGCCAGUGACGUUCCCUGCAGGACUUGGUGAACCGCUUAAUGCCAUCAUUUCUGGCUUUUCCGAUUCCGACGUGUUGAAGGAUCAAGAGACAGAUGGUGGUCUACGAAAUUACUUCUUAUCUUUUGGUUACUCGUCCGAAUGUCUAGGCCAGCACCUUGGUGACGACCAAGCUGCAAACCUAGGGGAUGGUAAUGGAACCAAAAACGAAACCGCAGUCAUUCGGUGGAAUUAUGGGGAUCCUCAAUUAGGUUCAUGUAGAGAAACUAUCGAAGGUGGUGGUCACUUUAGGUUUUGGGUGCAGGAUGGAGAUGACGCGGACAGUGGAGCACUAUUCCUUGCUGUUUCGUAUGAAUUGCCUCUUUCCCUGCAGCACGAUAUUAUUCCGAAUGGGUAUAACCUCGGAAGGGACUGGAUGAUUGGCAAUGCCACGAGCCAAAGUUCGCUCAUCCCUACGACAGAACUUACGAAUGCCUCAACCUAUUCUGGUCAGACAUCGUUCGAUGGUUACACUUAUCAGACAGACGUGAAAUACGUUUCUGGCCUCCUCUCCAAUUCGAGUAAUGGUAUCAACCAUUAUCUCAGUGUUGGUACAAAUGGAGCACCAGCAAUAGAUGGUCUCAUUGCUGUGAUGCAGGUCAAGAUUGUCUCGAGACCUGAGAAGUCAUCGACAAUCCGAAUAUCACCACCUCAGUCAUUACGCCUUCUCUCAUGUCUGUAUGCCCUGGUGGCUGUGGCUCCCCUCCUCUCGCUAUCGCUAUAACACAAUAGAACUUCCCACGGACAACACAUUCUAUACUACAACAUUCUCACUUCACGCAUUCGGAGUUAAUGCCUUUUGGAUCCUAGACUACGGACACUUUCUGCCGUGAUUCAAUAUUCAAAGUUGAUCGAAGUUGUACAUACCCAAGGCUUUGGAUGCUUGUUUCACCCCAUCACUUCCUUUCCCAAGCCUCGCGACCCCGACUUUUGACUUACCUGUUUAUCGCUGUUGCUUUCAUUUAUGCUCUUUAGCUUGUAUUUUAUGUGUCAGACCCACUCGUUUGCCUUGGUAUAGGACACCAUCUUUACGACAAUUCAUGACGUUUUGCGCAUU